CGCUUCAGUCUCACCACCUCCAUCUGGCCAACAAUGGGCGACAUGUCCAAGAGGAACUGCUGCUGGUACGAAGAGGAGAUCGAGCAGAAUCUGAGAUGGUGCUUUGCUCUCAACAGCAUCCUGCACACCGGCUCAUCUCAGUAUCAGGACAUCGCUUUGCUCGACACCAAGCCAUUCGGGAAGGUUCUUGUUCUUGACGGGAAGCUUCAGAGUGCAGAAAUGGAUGAGUUCAUUUACCACGAGUCUCUCGUUCACCCUGCCCUCCUCCAUCACCCCAAUCCCAAGAACGUAUUCAUCAUGGGGGGAGGUGAGGGUUCCACAGCAAGGGAAAUCCUGAGGCACUGCACGGUGGAGAUGGUGACCAUGUGCGACAUAGACGAGGAAGUGGUAGAUUUCUGCAAGUCUCAUCUUCUUGCCAAUAAAGGGGCCUUCUUUGAUCCUAGACUCCAUGUCGUAAUCAAUGAUGCAAGAGCUGAGUUGGAAAAGAGAAAGGACCAGUUUGAUGUGAUCGUAGGAGACUUGGCUGACCCUAUUGAAGGAGGACCAUGCUACAAACUGUACACCAAGUCCUUCUACGAGGGGACCCUAAAGCCCAGGCUCAAGGAGGGUGGAAUCUUUGUCACACAGGCAGGACCAGCAGGAAUCUUUUCUCAUACAGAAGUGUUUUCUUGCAUCUACAACACACUCAGACAUGUUUUCAGAUAUGUUGUGCCUUACUCUGCUCAUGUACCUUCUUAUGCUGAUACAUGGGGUUGGGUCAUGGCAUCUGAGUCACCACUGGAUCUAGAUGCUGAGAAGUUUGACGUGAGGAUUAGGCAGAGGAUUGAAGGAGAAAACAGAUUCCUUGAUGGCAAGACCUUUGCCUCAGCUUCCAUCUUGAGCAAAGCUGUGAGGAAAUCGUUGGCAAAGGAAACCCAACUGUACACUGAAGGAUCAGCCAAGUUCAUUUAUGGCCAUGGAAACUGCAAUGAUACUCGAGCUUGAGACUCGGCUUGAAGACCAAAGAUGAAAAAGAUGGCCAUGUUUAAGUCUCAAAGUUGUGACAGAAUAAAAUUGUGGCUUCACUGACGACUACUGUACGUUUUUCUCCUGUUUGGUUUCUUUGGUCGACUGAAUUGAGGAUCGUGAUUUCCAGUUAUAGAUUUUGUUUUGGGAGAAGCA